AGGGGCGGGGCUCCGGUGACGUAAAAGGAAGCGUUAACCACGCGUGUUGUGAAUCUGAGGGUUUAACAGUAAGUAUUUGCGGGUGUUUUUCAUCCAACAUAUCUUUAAACUUUUUUUUUCAAAGGAUACUGUUAGCAUGAUGUUAGUGUUAGCUGCUGCGCUACUACAGAGCCUGAGCCACAAAAACACACACACACGUGUUUAUGUGUGUGUCUGUGUGGGAGGUCUGAUACUGUUGUAAUGUGUUAAUUUAACGUUGUUGAUGGCAACAUUGCGGCACAUUUAGGCUAUCUUUGCAUCGGAAUUUCGAUUAAAAUCGGAGGUAACGCUGCUGGAGACGCAAUUUGUAGCAGCGGUAUUCCUUACGGGACAUGACACAGAAUUCCAUUUAGAAAUUUGUCAAUCACGCGCUCCGAAAAGGUCGUACAUUUAAACACUCGUGAUCACCUAAAGUUUUAACUCAGAUUGCAUUGAAAAGAGUCCCUCUACAAUUCGGCUUGAGUUUGAUGUUGCUAGUUUGUACAAUUUGUAUUUUUAACGAGAUCUGAUAAUGGGCUUAUUAAAGUUAGGUUUUCUGCCCAUGUCCUCUGUCUAACACACGAUAACCGUAACGGGUAAAACAUGUGUCUAUAGUAUCUGUUAAUGCAUAUCUAAAACAGACUGUUGCGAUUAUCCGCCUGUAUUGUAUGUGUGGUAAUAACUCAACAGUUAAGAGUAUCAAGUUGAUAAUUUACGUUUAAUUAAAGCUCUGCUCAGUUAUUUUAUAGGUCACCUUUUACAGGUCACAGGGUUUUCUUAAUGGUGUUUGGCUUGAGUCUGACACCCUUCUGAUAAUGAAAACCAGGUUUUAAACAGUUUAUCUAACUGGGAAAUGUGAUGCAGUUUGUGUGCAAACAUAGUAUCUGUCACCUAUGAGUUUAUCCUGUGUGCUUCAGGUGUGUAAAUGAUGGCAUCAGAGGGGGAGCAGCUGUGUCUGAACAUCAGCAGCAGUUUUCCUUCCUUAUCGUCACCCAGGAGGAAACCCUUGACUGCUCAGCAGAGAUGGGCCAUGGUAAGAAGAACCACCUUUUAUUAUUGUUGUUUUAAAGCUGGACGUCAUUAACACUCAUGGUUAAUGAAAAACAACAAUCAGCAUGUGAAAAGGUAGAUUUUAUUUGUCUGUUUGAUCCUCCAGAAGAAGCAGCGAGCAGGGAAGAGGAAAUCCAGCUCCACAGAGGAGGAGCAGAAGAAGGGAGGCUCCUUCAAACAGAGGAGACUGCAGCUCAGUGACACAGCAGAGGAAGAAGAGGAGAAGGGGAAGAAGGAUGCACAUGCUCAGGUAAACGCUGCUCACACCUGUCGCACCUAAAAUCAGUUCUGAAGCUCCAGACUACACUGCUGUGAAAGAGAACUGCAUGAUCAAGGAUCGUCUUGAUGAUUAUCUCUGCAUGUUUCAGUCUCCACCCACAGAGCAGACCAACAGGCCAACACCACAGAAGAAGAAAAAAGAGAGGGAGAGGAAGAAGGAUGGAGUGAAGGAGACAGGAAGGAGCAAUAUCAAGACUUCUUCUCUGUUCAAACACAACCCUGAGAUCCCAGAGAUCCACAGGUCCGCAGCUCCUGCUCUGAAUGGCUUCUAAGAUUCUGACAAUGACUGGCACUGCUAGAUUUUAUUGGCCAGUAAUUAAUCAAAUUUCCUCUUUACUCCCUUUUCUUUUUGCUGUUUUUUAUUUCUUUUCUACGUUCUUUUCUUCACUCUCAACCUAUCCUCCUUUGUUUUGACUUCCUCUCCUCCCUUACGUCCGGAUUCAGACCUGCUGUCUCUCAGAUAAAAGAGAAGAUUUUCACCAGUGACUCAUUUUCAGACCUGGACCUGCACCCACACCUGGUAACACACAAACACACUCUCACACAUUCAUUCUGUUACGCUAAGUUAGCUUGCUUUGAUUAGCUGCAUUUACAAUUUGAUAUUCUAAUCUGUCCAGUAAUUCUAUGUAUGUGAAUCUUUAAGAUUCCUGAUGGCUGGUUUCUGUUUUCCAGGUGGCAACCCUCAAUAAAGUCCUGAAUGUUUCCACGGUGACUAGGUGAGUUUGUACACUUAAGUGGGGAUUCCUUAAAAUGGAUUGCAGCCACUGAAACCAUCAAAGCUUAUAAAUUUUUGCAGCUAUGUGCAGUUGUUGUUUUUCAUCAAACUGUGGAGUCGAGCUGUCUGCAUCUCUUCUCUCUGCUGCAUGGAGCUGCACUGUGCACUCUUAUCUUCUUAUCUGAAGUUCAAAUCUGAACUUGUACAAAUGAUAAGGUCAGGGUUUGCACACUAGUGAGAAACCUUGAAAAGUCAUAGAAUUCGAAAAUAACAUUUCUAGGCCUUUGGAUUUGUGGGAAAAUGGUUUGAACAGGGUUAUCCCUGAUUAGCACAGCGGCUCAGACCAUCUCCCCACAUUUGGUCGUGUCACAGACCUUGGUUGGACUUCAAAACAACUUUCUUCAAGACAGUCUCGCUGCAGACCUCCACUGAGGGGACCCACCUUCACUGAGGAAGUUGUUUGAAGCCUUUCAAAAUAAAAGCAAAUAUACCAGGAGUACAUUUCUUUUUUAUGUCCUAACUUGAUUUAAAGCCUUUAAACUAAAAAGUGAUUACACCGGGGAGUACGUAGUUUUAUCUUGUGUGAAUAUAUAUUUUAUUCUUGGGGCUUUAUUUUUUGUAUAUAAUGUUAAUAUGUUUUUUUGUGUAUUUAUGAGUUCAACAAAGACAAAAUACAAAACGGGAUGACCAUGUCAAACAAACUGGAGCACCUGAGAAAAAAACGUCACCUUGGGUCCUUUUAAGUAGUGUGGGUCCUCUCAGUGGAGGUGGGUCCUCUUAGUGGAGGCCUGCAGCCAGACCCCUCUCAUUUUCUUUUUUCUUACAGUGUUUGUUUGUGUGUUUUUUCAGUGUGCAGAAGCAGACUAUUCCAGUUCUUCUGUCAGGACAAGACGCUGUAGUGCGAUCUCAGACAGGAUCAGGUGAGACACAUAUAUACCCUUGUUCUGGUCCUCCACCAGAGGAGAGCUCUGACAGCGUAGGCUUACGGCACAAUAUUGUGUCUGUUGAAAAUAUUAGUUUGUGGUGCAUUGCUUUAGUCUUUUAUUAUCUUAGUUGUUGUUGUGAAUUUUGUCUCUUUUUUUUGUGAAGCACAUAAAGUUGAGCCGAAUAGAGUAAUAAGCAAUGGGCUCUGUCUCUGCAGGUAAAACCCUGUCCUACGCCGUUCCUGUGGUUCAGAGUCUGCAGGUAGUCCAGCCGAAAAUCAGCAGGUCCGAUGGUCCUCUGGCGCUCGUCAUCGUUCCCACCAGAGAGGUUUGGUCUGAUCUUAGUUUCAUGUUAAAGGCAAAAAAGAUAAAUGAAAUGAUGACAAGCUCCUUUGAUUCUUGUCCAUCAGCUCGCCCAGCAGACAUUUCAGACCUUCCAGAAGCUUCUGAAGGUAAGAUGGAAAUAAUCAGAGCUCGAUGCAUCACAUUUGUUCUUUACGGAUUUUUACAUUCCCAGAAUAAUUAUAACCCCUUCCCCUUUCUAUCUCUCUCUGUAGCCAUUUACCUGGAUCGUCCCCGGUGUCCUGAUGGGAGGAGAGAAGAGGAAAGCAGAGAAGGCCAGGUACUGAUCCCUCUACUCACCUGUUCACUGUAAGCUUCACCACUUCUUUCUAUAUAUGCUCUUUGUUUGUUUCCAGUCCUCCUCCUCUUCUUCAUUUAACUUUCCUUCACCAUCAUUUUCCUACUCCAGUCCUUCACUUGCCCUUUUUUUUCUUCUUCUCCUCUCUUCCCCCCAUUCUGAGUGUUUGUCGUCUCUCCAGGUUGCGGAAAGGUAUCAACAUCCUGGUCUCCACUCCCGGGCGUCUGGUGGAUCACAUUAAAAACACGCUGAGCAUCGCCUUCAGUGCUGUUCGCUGGCUCAUCCUAGACGAGGCCGAUCGGUAACUACCAGCUCUGUGACUAAAAACACUUUUAAGCCUCGUACAAAUGUUUUCUCUGAUCAACUGUGUAAAUAUAGUUGGAUAACCAACAGGAUGAGGCAUGGUCUAAGUUUGUUUUUGUAUUUUCCAAACCAUGAGUACAGUAAUAUGGGUUCUUAAGUCCAAACUUUUAAAAACUGGAAUGCAACAAAUUGCUGGUCAGCUGCUUCCUUGGAUGAGUUUGUUGAAACUGAUAUCUAAAGAGAUCUACUUAUGAAACUUUACACAGAUGUAAGUUUGUAAACUACACAAAAGGUGCCCAUAUUUAAAAAAAAAAAAAGGUUAACGUGAAGUUGUACUCAGUGAUAAGCAUUUUUCUUGACAGUCAUUCGUGUGAGUUUUGAGAGAGACUUUGUUGUUGCUGUUUCUGAUACUCAUAAUUUGAGCCAGAGGAUGCAUGUCAAACUGAAACCAAAGAGGACCAAGAAAAAAAGCCUUGGGGAAUUCCCAUUUCUGUUUCAUUAUUUACAUUUAAACAGAGUGCAGAUGGUUAAGAGUGUUUUAAUUUUAGCAAGUAGACAGGGUUUAAAUGCUGUUAAAAGUUUACAAAAUGAGAUAAUUCAAAAAGAGACUGUGUUUAAUAAAUAUGUAAAUAGUUAAAACAAUAGAUGCUAACAUUAAAAAACCUGAAUGAAAACAGCAGCACGCACUCUAGUUCUUCAUUUUCGCCAACAGCACUGAUGAUAAUCAAGGACUGGUGAUUGUUUUGACCACUUAUGGCCUCUAUUGCAGAGACUUUUUUUGCUUGUGUCUUAGCCUGUAAACUAUUUUUUUGUGGCUUUUUAGAUCAGUUCAAGCGCUGUGCUGGUACUUAACCCUUUGUAUCCAAAAAUGCCCUCACUUUGUUGUUGCUGUUAUUCAUAUUUUGAGUUUAAGAAGACAAGUUGUAAUGAAACCAAAGAGGGCCAAGAAUAGAGCCUUGAGGAACUCUGUUUCCAUUGUUAUUCACUUUUGAACAGAGUGCAGACAGUUAAGAGCAUAUUGGAAAUUGUAGCCAGGUGAAACCGUUACUAUAAGUUGCAUUACAGGCUGACAUUAACUCACAACUUCAUCAGGUUUUUGGGCUCUUGUAUCAGUUCCAGUUAGGUUUUUGCACUCAAUGGCAUCUUGUUAGAGAGUUUCGCAUGUUGCUGGGGAUUCAGAACUGUCAUGACCAUCAUUUCACCUAUCUAUGUACCUGUGUGUGUGUUUACAGGACACUGGACCUGGGUUUUGAGAAGGAUCUGACUGUCAUUUUAAACAGUCUGAACUCUACAGGACCGAGCAGACAGAACGUCCUCCUCUCUGCUACACUGACAAGUGGUGAGUGGAUCAAUGAAGAGUUUUUAUUUAAACACAGAUGUUGGAUUUUGUUGAGCCAGAACAAACUAUGAUUGGUGAAACUUUCCUCUGUGUUUCAGGUGUGACUAGGUUAGCAGAUAUUUGUCUGAACAACCCUGUCAGCAUCCACAUCUCUGGCCCUGCUUCCUCUGACCUCACAGCCCCUUCCUCUGACCUCAGCACAGCCAGCCAAUCAGAGAGUUUUGCCAUGCCAGAGGCUCUGAAACAGUUUGUGGUGAUGGUUCCCAGUAAGAUCAGACUGGUUUGUUUGGCUGCUUUCAUACUGGACAAAUGCAAGGUAAACAAAGAGAAGAUCCAUUUUAAAUGCAUUUCAUCCAUAUGAAUUUAGACAAGACCCUAUCAAACAAAAAAUAAUGUUUGAAGUUGAAUGUUUCAGCCAUAAACCAUCAUCCACUGUCUUUUUUUUGGUCCUACAGUUUUCUCAGAACAACAAACUCAUCAUUUUUGUCUCGAGCUGUGAAGCCGUUGAGUUCCUCUACUCUCUCUUCACCUCUGUCCUCUCUGGGCCCUCGACCAAUCAGAAGCCUCGGCUCAGCUUCACACGUCUUCAUGGUAACAUGAAGCAGGAGGUGAGGCUUUGCUGUCGAAUGUGAAAUGCUAGACAGGAACAGGUGGUGUCUGGAGUGGCUCUGAUAGAGAAGCACCUCCACAAGAGUAAGCUCCCAGCCAAAGCUCUGCUCUUCAUCUCUCCAUGCUCGUGAUUGGUGUGUGCUUGUUUCUCCUGCAGGAGCGCUCUGAAGUCUUUCAGGAGUUUUCAGCGUCUAAAUCUGGAGUCCUGUUCUGCACGGUCAGUUUUCCUGUUUCUGUGCUGUACGAUGAGUGUUGUAAUGAUGAUGUAAUGAUUAAAAAUUGAAAACAUGUGUUGCAGGAUGUUGCAGCCAGAGGUCUGGACCUUCCUCAGGUUACCUGGAUCAUUCAGGUAUGAAGUUUUAGCUCCUCCUCUUUCAACCAUCAGUGUGACAAAUCUCCUUUUUGAUUGUAAGCAGUGUUUGAAAAGAGAAGUCCUACUAGAGGUUCAUCAGGUUUAUGAGAAAAUAGGCCAUCUUUUGACUUGAUGGAUUGAGUCUGUGAACGUUUUCCUUCUGACUUUACAGCCUCUUUUGCUAGUUUAAAGAUUUUUUUCAUCCAACUUGUAACAAAACAAGCUUAAAACUAGCAAAAAGAAAGCAAACGUGUGUGUGUGUGUGUGUGUUUGUGUGUGUCUGCAGUAUACCCCUCCAACAUCAGCAGCUGAGUACGUUCACCGUGUCGGUCGGACAGCUCGUAUUGGAGGAAGUGGAAGCAGCCUCCUGUUUCUCACUCCUGCUGAGACCGCCUUCAUCGCUGAGCUAGCCAAUCACAACAUCAGGUCUGUACACUAACAGCUAUAUCAUCCAAUCUCAACCCCAGACACACAAAGUAGAGCCACAAAGGUGAAAUUUGAUGUGUGUUCACCUCUGUGUUUUGACUGUGUGGAUGGGUCUUGUUGUGUUUUAGCCUAUCAGAGAUGAAACUGUUGGACAUCCUCUCCUGUUUGAUGCUGGAUGACACCUACAAAGGACGAGGCAAAUAUCACAGCAAGGUAAAAAAAAAAAACCUCUACACCUGGGAUUCUAACUUGUUUCAAUGGUCCUGAGAUCUUAGCUGGGGUCCUCAGCUGAGUCACGCAAACUCCAAGGCUUUUCCAGAAUUUCAUCCUUGUAUAUUAGGGUCUUUUUGGGUUCCUGGCCGUUCUUGGAUGUUUUAAAGGAGUUCAAGUUGUCAGAGGGGUUUCAAAGGAUUUCACUUUAAAACAGACUCCCAAAUGGUUCAGAUGACUUGUGACAAUAAGUCAAGUAAAAUGUCAGUGAAGAACUUAAAGCCAGUUUGAGUUUGAGCCAACACUUGUUGGCCAAGCGUAAAAAAUACAACAGAAAACAAAUAAAACAGAAUUGAAAAACAUAGAAAAUAAGUAGAAUAGAGAAAAUAAUGGUGGAAUAAAAGAAUACAGUGGAAAAAAGAAUAGAAAAGAAAAAUAUGAUAGAAUAAACAUGUUUUAGAAUUGUAAAAAAUUAAAUGUGAUAAAACACAAAAAUGUAUUACUAUAUAUUAAAGCUUAAAAUGGAACAGAAUAGAAUAGAAAAAUAAAAGGAUAGAAUGAUAUUGAAUGGAAUGAACAAUUUUAGUCGAACUGAAAUAAAAGAAUAAAUUUUAAAGUAGUUGGAUAGAAUACAACAUAACAGAGUAAAACAUUGAAGUAUUGUUUUGGGGGUUAAUUUUUUUUUUUUCAGGGUGAAGUCAAUAAAACUUUUGUUUAACUGGUGUUGUUUGAUUAUAAAGAUAAGCUCUCAUUAAGUUUAGAAUUAAAAUAUCUGCACUCACUUAAAAAUCUACAGUGAUUCAACAAAAAUACCUUUUUGGCUCUUAGAGGGUUUUAAAAAAGUUUUUAGAGGUGUUCAGGGGAGAGCUCAGUUUUUUGGUGUGUUGGUGUUUUGUAGAGGUCAGCUUUCUUUACGGGUUUCCUGUGAUUUCGGGGGUUCUGGGGUGUUACAGCGGGUCAGGAUUCUGCUAGACUCCUCUGAUAGUCUGAACUAACAAACAGCAGAGGCUCAGACUGUGAAACCACCUGCUGUUUCUCUGAUGAUGACAAGGUUUUUUUUGUAUCACUUGUUUCUAAAACCCCUGAACGUGCCAGUGUCAGACUGGAGAGCUCCACAAAGACUCAGUAAAAAGACUUGCGGUGACGGUAAAAGCAGCGGGGGGACGUGUUUGUGAAGGAUUGGUUCAGACACUUUCAUUGAAGCUCUUUCUAAAGGAACCUGAUGUGAGCCCUGCUGCAGGUUCAAACAGGAGAAAACUGCAGGUUCAGGCUUCAGUUUGUGUUUGUGAUGAUCUGAUGUUUGUGUCCCGUCAGCACAGAUUUAAGCUGCUGACUCUGGGACAUCAUCACACUGAUUUAGAUUUAACCUUUAUUUAAACACAUCCAUCUGUUGAACAUUUAUCAUACGCACAGCUUUAAACACAAACAGCUGCUCAGCGUCCUCAAAAUGAUCAGCUGGAGAGUCAGGGCACUCUUCCCUCUCAGUGGUACCUCUGUAACACUGUCAUCCCGCCUCACUGAACACUUUCCAUGAUGUCUCUGGAGCGCUGCUCAAACUCCUGUGAGGAAUUUCUAAAUACAGUGAAACUGACCGAAAUGAAUACUUGGACCUUUUAAUGGCCCAAACAGUCGAAGGUUUAUCCUGAAAUAAAUGUUAGACAUUGAAAAGUCAGCAGAGAGAACGAAGUAGACACAUGUACAGGACAAGAUCAGACCCUCUUUUAUUCCAGAUGGGUUGCCACAUUUGACGCAGUAUGAAAGCCACUCACCAGAGCUUUAAUAUAGGAAGAUAGAUAAAUUCAUUUCUUUCUUUCCAUUUAUUGUUUUUUUCUGUUUUUUUCUUACCCCCUUUAUUUAACCAUUUACCUCUCUAUCUAUCUCCUUCUGUCUGUCUUUUUCCCCAUUUUCUGUCUUUUUUCCUAAAUUCAUUUUAGUUCUUGUCAUCUUUUUAUGAUUUCUUUCUUGUAUUCUGUCACUCAUUUUAUUCUCUUCUCCUUUUAUUUUUUCAACAUUUAUAAUUUCUCCAUAUUUUUCUCUUUUCGUUUUUUUCUUUUUUUAUUCUUUUUCCUUUGCAUUUUUCUUCUUUUACUUUUUAAUUCUUCAUUUUUUGUCAGUUUUUAUUUUUUCCCUUUCUGCUUUUUUAUGAUGGUCUUCUUUUUUCACUUAUUGCCCCCCCCCCCCAGAGUUCAUCUAAAGCUCUGGAGCAGGAGACCAGAGAGCGAGCGACGGUUCUGCAGACAGAGUUUGAAAACUUUGUUCACUCUGACAUUCACUCGGUGCAGAAUGCAAAGAAAGGUGAGUUCAGGCUUCAGGUGUAUCUGGGAGUCCUUAUUCAUCUACAUACCUAUGUACCAUCAUUAUUCACACCUGUCCCUGUGAUGUCAUCAGCACUGCAGUCCUUCCUGCGAGCAUACACCACCUACCCCGCACACCUCAAACAUGUCUUCCACAUCCGCUCUCUCCACCUGGGACACACCGCAAAGAGCUUCGGCCUACGAGACGCUCCACAGGGCCUGAGCGCCGUCACGGGCCCCUCUAAGGGCCCUGGGACCAAGAACCAGCACCUGAACAAGUACCAGAAGAAGAACCAGGCCAGGAGUCCAGUCAAAAACCAGAAUAAAGGACAGAGCAGAGCUGGAGAGAAGAGGUGAGAGUGAUGGAGAACGCUGUGCAGUUUUACCUGCAGAUUAAAGGUGUUUCUGAGGAGGGUGGGCUCUUCAUACAGUGUCCUGUAUUAAGUUUAGGUUCUAUUCAAAAUAUGCUUUAAUUUUAAACAGAUUUUCAUACACUCACUGACCUGACCCUCAUUUCUAAAGCUGAGCUGUAAAAUUAGAACAUACCUACUGAUGUAUAAAUACACAUACUGUAUAUGGGUGUGCACACACUCUGCCGUGUGUGUAUGUCUGACACAUGUGAGUGCUCAUUAACACACACCUUCUACUGAGGGGUCUGAAAGUAACACACACAUUAAAACACACACUCUUAUCCAUAAUUAAAGCUGCUCUCUGCAGACAUGCUCAUGUUUACUGUUUGUGUGUAUUUAUGUUUGUGUAGGUGUGUGUUUGUUGUUGUUAUUAACAGCUGCUCCUCACAGCAGGCUUGUCCGGACAUGGUCCUACCACACACACACACACACACUCUGACUGUCCUCACAGCUUGUACAGUUUGUGCACACGGUCAACAGAGACAUAAUUACAGGUCUGUGUUUAUGUCCAGUCUCAUCAGUAUCCCACAAUCCUUUGGGUUAGCUGUGUGAUAGUGCGUUCAGGUGUUAAGUUAAUUCAAGGCAGAGGGAGCUCAUGUUUGAGAUGUGGAUGUCAUAAAUAGCACGCUAACUGUAUAACCCUGUUUUUUUAAACUCACCUUUAUAAGGAGGGACUGUGAUUUCACCUCCUCUUCUUCUUCAGCUGUAAAGAAACGUUUCUGUUUCCACUCUCCUCAGUUUUUCUCCCGGUCAGAGGGAGCUCAGUUUGUUUCGCUCCGAGUUCUCCAGCGGGAUGGAGGGAGGAGACGCCAAGAAGAAGAAAAAGAGAAAGAAGAAGAAAUUUGGUCAGCCAGGAGAAGAAGAAGAGGAGGAGAAAUGAGGAGGUGAAGCAGCUGCAGAGAAACAUAACUGAAAGGCUGACACUGCUGGUCACGCUGUUCAAAAAGAUCACAGUGAUCCUUAUGCAGGGAGGUUUCCAGGCUUACAAACAGGGGGGCUGAGUCCUGGAAAACCCUGAAAAAGUCAUGGAAAAGUUUUGACGUGAGGGUUGAGAGCUUGUGAUUGGUUGAAAGUUAGUCUCCUUCCUUUGACUUGGUUUUUUAUGGUGAUUAAAACCAAGUCAAAGACUUCCCUGAUGAGAAAUCCAACAUUCGUACACACGGCUCGCUGGCUUUAACAGUUCACUUCAAAGCAUUUUGAAAACUCUCCAAAAACAGUCACAUAAAUAUGAUGAAAUUAUGAUUAUCUUUAAAAAAAAUCUAAAGAGCUGUUUCAAUAUUUUGUAGCUGCUAAAAUGUGAAUCCUGACUCCUGUCUUAUCUGUCAUAAACAACAAUGUUUCAGUUUUUAUUGUUGUUAACAUCUGUGUGAUAUUUAUGAAUGAAAAACAUAUUUUUACAGCUCAGUGAGUUUGUUGAAGCAGUAAAAAUAAAAGCGUUUUAUAUUUCUCUUA